ACGGAGCCUGCCGCAGCUGUAGCAUUGCUUUCCGCGUGCGGCGACGUGACCGCUCUCGGCCACCGGUUCCAGACGCUGCUAAAACGUCCUGGAUAUGGAGGCAUACUGGUUCCUGGAGUUAGCCGAAAAGCAGUUCGGGGACGACCUCGAGUUGCUCGAGAGGGCCGCCCAUGUCACCCGCGAUGUGUUUCAGAUGCCUUCACUGCUCGACUCAUGCACAGAAGGAAACGAAGGACGUGCCCGCUGCUGGAUGUUGACUCAAGCGGUCCUGGAUAUGGUGGCAUACAGGUUCCUGCAGUUUGCCGAAAAGCAGUUCGGGGACGACCUCGAGUUGCUCGAGAGGGCCGCCCAUGUCACCCGCGAUGUGUUUCAGAUGCCUUCACUGCUCGACUCAUGCACAGAAGGAAACGAAGGACGUGCCCGCUGCUGGAUGUUGACUCAAGCGGCCCUGGAUAUGGUGGCAUACAGGUUCCUGCAGUUUGCCGAAAAGCAGUUCGGGGACGACCUCGAGUUGCUCGAGAGGGCCGCCCAUGUCACCCGCGAUGUGUUUCAGAUGCCUUCACUGCUCGACUCAUGCACAGAAGGAAACGAAGGACGUGCCCGCUGCUGGAUGUUGACUCAAGCGGAGGAGUUGAACAAGUUCCUGAACCCGUUCGGCAUGGAGUUCAACGAACUGCAGGAAGGCAGCCUGGACUUCGCGAUGGCCCACAACGUUCCCGUGGCUCCCGACGACCCCAAAGCUGUGGUCCUCUUCUUGUUCACGCUGUGGUUUCUACGCGAGCACCGCUGUUUCUCUGGCGUCAGCCUGGACGUGUCGGUGCUGCAGCGCUUUCGGCCGGUGCAGUUCCUGCGGCACGUCACGUUCGCCAAGCGCGUCGCCACGGUCCACCUGGUCGGCGUCGAGGGAAUCGAGCUCCCGUUCGACGAGUGCCCCCUGCUUGUGGCGCUCGAGCAAACGGACCUGCUGACGCACGUCACCCUCGACAGGGCACUCCGGUGUUUGGCCCUUCGGAACGUGACCAUGAAAGACUCCGUCCUGGCCAGACUCGCGCAGGAGUUCAAGGAGCACCGCAGAGCGCGAGAGUUUGAGUUGCGAGGGAGGGUCCGUAACGGUGCGACGAGCGCUGAACGGGUCUCGAGGCUGUUGGAUACCUCCUUGCAAAUUCUCCGCUUAGAAAUCGCGUGUGACCUCUCCCAGCUGUUCGAGAAACUCAAGGACAACGCGCAGCUGGUGGAGCUCGAGCUAGGGCACUGUUGCCCGGUCGGCGUCUAUCUGGACACACUGGCUUCUGCACUAGCCCAAGACAUGACGCUGCGACUCCUCACUCUGAGCCUCGACAUGACAUGGAUGUCGCACAGAAGUAGCUCCUGGAGCCACCUGAGAGCCCUGCUUGAGAACAGCUGCUGGCUGGAAACUUUGUGCCUCCGUGAUGCGUGUGCUGGAAUGCACGCUGUGGUCCCGUUCAGCGAGGCCAUGGAACUAGACCACUGA